UCAAUCGCUCGCUCCACUUGCUAGUCGCCAUUAUCGAUUUGUGGCAGAGGAAAAAUAGAAAAUUAAAAAAUCGCGUUCCAGCGUUAGGCACCGGUUAGAGAGCGCAAAAAACGCGGCGUUUAAUUGUUAAGUGCUUGUGACGUAGAACCAACAACUCUGUACCGUUCAAUUUUUUCGUGGAGCUCGCGUAGCAGAAUUUUCCCGUUGGAAAUAUUCUCAAUCAAUCAAUACCUCUCUCUCCCUCGCUCGUCCCAUACGUGUGUGUGUGUCUCUCUCUCUCACUUUUUCGUUGUGUGUGUGUGUCGGUGCUGUUUGCUCCUUGGGUGCAUAAUUAAAUUAAUCAAGUAAAUAAAAGCCAGUGUGCGAGAGCAGGAAGAGCAAACACAACAACAGCUUCAUCAUGACCAUGGCAGGGCAAACGAUCAACGACAGGCUGCUUGCCGCCCGUCACAGCCUUGCAGGCCAAGGACUCGCCAAGUCCGUUUGCAAGGCCACCACGGAGGAAUGCAUUGGCCCGAAGAAGAAGCAUUUGGACUAUUUGGUACACUGCACAAACGAGCCCAAUGUAUCGAUACCUCAUCUGGCCAAUUUACUUAUCGAGCGUUCUCAAAACGCCAACUGGGUUGUUGUCUACAAGUCGCUGAUAACUACACAUCAUCUCAUGGCAUAUGGCAAUGAGCGUUUUAUGCAAUAUCUGGCUUCAAGCAAUUCUACAUUCAAUCUUAGCUCCUUUCUGGACAAAGGAACUGUGCAAGAUGGUGGCAUGGGCGUUCCGGGUGGCAGAAUGGGUUACGAUAUGUCGCCCUUUAUUCGGCGCUACGCCAAAUAUUUGAAUGAGAAAUCGCUCUCCUAUCGAGCCAUGGCCUUUGACUUUUGCAAAGUCAAGCGAGGUAAAGAGGAGGGCUCACUGCGCAGCAUGAACGCGGAAAAACUUCUGAAGACUUUGCCAGUUUUGCAGGCACAAUUGGAUGCACUUUUGGAGUUCGACUGCCAGUCCAAUGAUUUGUCCAACGGCGUUAUUAAUAUGAGCUUUAUGCUCUUAUUUCGCGAUCUCAUACGUCUGUUUGCUUGCUACAAUGAUGGUAUUAUUAAUUUGCUUGAGAAAUACUUUGAUAUGAACAAGAAACAUGCGCGCGAUGCAUUGGAUCUCUACAAGAAGUUCUUGGUGCGCAUGGAUCGUGUUGGAGAGUUCCUUAAAGUGGCCGAGAAUGUGGGCAUUGAUAAGGGCGACAUUCCCGACUUGACCAAGGCGCCCAGCUCGUUGCUGGAUGCUCUAGAGCAGCAUUUGGCCACGUUGGAGGGUCGCAAAGUUUCUGCAGCCAAUACGCCCACACAGUCAUCGAGCAAUCAGCGCAAUGUUAAAUCCGCUGUCUCUGCACUCUCUUCUACCAGCUCGGCAUUUGGUACUGCGGCUGCUUCCAGCAAAUUCGACACCACCAAUGGCAUUGACGAGCAGCUAAAGGCCCAGGUGCUGGCCGAGGAGGAGGCCGCCAUGAACCAGUACAAGUCCAAGGUAUCGUCUCCCACCAGCAGCGGUGCUGCUGGCGCUAGCGCUGCACUAACAAAUCCAUUUCUAUCGUCGCCACCAGCCGCACAGGCUGGCCAGCCGAUAGUUGAUCUGUUCGGUGCCGCGUCGGCGCAGCCCGCUGCUGCUGCAGCAGCCACCAAGGCCUCUGACGAUCUGCUGCAGUUGGGAAAUCCUUUCGCCGACAUGUUUGAAGCCAGCGGCGGCGGCGGCGGAGCUGCCGCUGCAGGAGCCACAGGUGCUGCACUCAAUGCCAAUAAUUUGUGGAUGCAUAAUAAUGGUUUCAAUGGCGCUUCAGUUUCCUCCGCUGCUGCUACAAAUGCAUUCGUUUCCGAUAGUAAUUUCUCAUCCGUUUUUGGUAAUACGGAACCGGCAGCGUCGAUGUCGUUGCCAAAUCCAUUUUUCGAUGAUAUGUCGUUGCCCCAAGUCCCACUCGCAGCUGCAUCUGUUGCUGCGCCCUUUGGCAACACUAUCAAUUUCAUGGAUCAACAGCUGCAGCCACAACAGCAAGCGGCAUUAUUUAUGCAGCAGCAGCAGCAGCAGCAACAGCAGCAGCAACAGCAAUUGCAACUUCAGCAGCAUCAGCAACACCGACUGCAAGCGAUAUUGCCACCUUCCAUGUCAGCAACGACAACCGCCGCUCAGUUUCCACCAGGCUUCGACGCCUUGGGCGAUGUUCUCAAGCCGGCCUCAGCCAACAACAACAGCAAUCAAAUGAACGUUGUCGCCACAGGUUACUCCAGCAGUAGCAGUUCGAUCCUAGCGUUACAACAGCAGCAACACCACCAGCAACAUCAGCAGCAAAUGCACCAGCAGCAACAGCAGCAGCCACCGGCUGGCACUGGGAAGAUAAUUACCGGCGACUUGGAUAGUUCACUAAUGUCACUCGUUGAUAACUUAAAUAUAAACAAAACGGCAAGUGCAAAACCCGUGCAAUGGAAUUCACCUAAAAAUACAGCGAAACCAGGUGCUAAUUGGACACCCCAACCAAUGGCGGCUACUACUGGUGCUGGCUAUCGCCCAAUGGCACAUGGCAUGACCGUAAGUCCUGCGCCAAUCACAAUCAGUCAUCCGUAUAUACAUGCUAGUUAUCCUGUAAUGCCAAAUUAUAUGCAGGGAAUGCCGGUGAUGGGCCAGCCAAGUAUGAUGGGGCAGUCAGCAGCCCCUUUGACUGGGGCGCAACCGACGAUGAUGGCGGCGCCGCACAGUAAUGCGACGGGCAUCAUGCAACCCAUCCAGCCAACGCAGAACGGCGCCAAUAAAGGCGUCCCACUCGACCCGUUUGGUGCGUUAUAAGCGGUCCCCAAGGAGCUCAUGCGUGCAACCCCACUCACUUACUCAGUUUAAGCGCUCUAACCUCAUAGACAGCAAGCAAACAUUAAAUCACUCUCUCACAGACACAAAUGUGUAAUAAAAUAUUAAACAAAACAAUUAUUAUAUAUACGUAUAUAUAUAUAUACAUGUGCAAGUGAAAAUUAAGAACUUGAAAUUGCAUUAUAUAACACGUUUACACUAUGCUACAGAAACAAUAUAUAAAGUUUAUGGAAACAGCAGCAGCAAAUGCAAACACAAAUGAAACAAAAGCAGAAGCAGAAGCAGAUAAGAAAAUUAUAUUAUAAUGUUGAACAUUGAGCAAACACGAAAACAAAUGCUAUAUACAUACUUAUAUAUAUAUAUAUAUAAAUAUAUAUAUUUAUAUUAUUACUAUUUAAAUGAAAAAAACAAAUAAGUUUGACUAUUUAUAUGUAUACACCAAUUUAUAUACUAUGCUUAAACGAAUGAAGAAAUGCAGAAAGCAAAAACGAAACAAUUUCCAUAAAUAGCUAAAGGAAAGUAACCUAUGUGAAAUAUACCUAUGAACUCUAAGAUAAGUGUAUACAAAACCUGUAGUUGUGUCCUACGCCAAUCACUAAACACACGUUGAAUUAUCUAGUGGAACUAUAUGUUAACUGUCUCAAAGCAGAAGAAAGAUUAAACAUGAAACUGGUUCAGAAAUGAUAUUUCAGUCCAAGUGUUUGCACAGCUUAACGUAAUAAUUUGCAAUAUUUAAAUCCGUCUAUCAAUGUUUUUUUCUGUUAUUUUUAGCCAACUCUGGUGGCUAAAUACCUAUUAUAUAUUUUAAAUUGUUAUUAAGCAAAUUAUGAUUUGUUAAAAGGAAAAUAUUUGUAAAUGCAUUCCAAACUAGCUUCAAUUUUGUCCAAAUUUAAUUUGCGAGGAAAAAAACAUUUGUAAUAACUAAGUAUUAUUUAACAACAAAUUCAAACAACGUUGGUGUAUAGUGUGCUGAUAAUAUGUUUAAAUUCUAGAUAACAACCGCAACGUUUAUUUAAUAUGUGUUAUACUUUAGUGCGUACGUUGUGUUAGACAUUUAUUUAAUUGCUUCUGAGCAUUCGAUACGAAACUGACAUCAUAUACGUAGUUCAUUACGAGAAUGUGUACAUAAAGCAUAAGAAGUGUAUGUAGAAGUUUUCCUACAGCCCGGUACGCUGAACUAUGUUUAAAUAAAAUUUAUAUAAUUUAUACACAAUA